CACGGCUCAUAUAAACAUAAGCUAAAGCUGCAUGCUUAUGAAUUAGAACUGUGUCUGUAUGCCAGGGAGAAGAAACCCUCUCCCUUGCUUGUGUUUGCUGAAACAGUCGUUGUCUACUGCUAUUUUUUCCUUACCUUAUUCAUGCUGUGAUUUGGACUCGAUCUCUCUCAUUCGAAGUACACGUGCAUGUGGCUGCAGCACUGGAGUAGAAAACAUGGUUGUAACACUGGCACACGGUAAAGCCUGGAGAAACAUCAGCUUCUUCUGACUACGACACUAAGAUUUAAAGCUGUCUCCGUCAUUUCCUUAUACCGAAGGUGGAAAUGAUGAAGCAGGAUGAGUUAAAAUCACUCACAAUGCAGGAGCUGCGUGAGAGGCUCCAGCCGGAGGUGGCCGAGCUGAUCAAGCAGCAGAGGCUGAACCGGAUGUGCGAGGGCGCCUGCUUCAGGAAGGUCAGCGCGCGGCGCAGACAAGAUAAGUUUUUGUAUUGUCGUCUGUCUCCGAAUCACAAAGUACUACAUUAUGGGGAUGUAGAGGAUUUGUCACAGGGACCAAUCCCCCAUGAAUCUCUCCAAGAGAAACUAACAGUAGCAGACAUCAAGACAGUGAUAACUGGGAAAGAUUGUCCUCAUGUGAAGGAGAAAGGUUCGCUAAAGCAAAAUAAGGAGGUCCCUGAGCUUGCUUUCUCCAUUUUAUAUGAAUCUGAUGAAUAUUUGAACUUCAUUGCACCAGACAAGUAUGAGUACUGCAUCUGGACAGAUGGCUUGAAUGCUCUAUUGGGAAAAGAGAUGACAAGCGAACUCACCAAGUCAGAUAUGGACACACUGGUUACCAUGGAGAUAAAACUCCGGCUCUUAGACCUCGAGAAUGUCCAGAUCCCUGAAGUACCGCCCCCUAUACCCAAAGAACCCAAAGAUUAUAACUUUGUUUAUGAUUACAGCCAACGACACACUUAAGAUCACAGCACACAGCAGCACAUGUUGAACUGUAAUAUAUUUACUCUCGAUUCUCUGACUGAUAUACAGCACAGGCCAAGACAAAUUAAAGUGACUUUGAAAAUUGUAAAGAUUUUAAUCAAAACAUCUGUAAGAGACACCGUCACCGAUUCACAAGCCUUCUCAUACGAACUCUCCUGCUUUCUGAUGCUUGUAAUACUGAUUCAUCAAUUUCCCCCAUCUUAAGGAAGGAGUAAUGUUUGUUAGAUCAGUCCACUAGUACUAACAAAUCUAACAAAUUAAACUAUUGGCUUCAGGGACUUCCCAGAUAUAGCUAUUUCUAAAUGGAAACAUAGCAAUAAAUACCUAAUAUUUCAAGAAUACAGCAUUUGUUUUUAUUUUCCAAUUGUUUUUUACUACGUCCAAUUAAAUAUACCAGCUAAAGACGGAGUUACUUUAUUCUUGAGUGUUGUUAAGCUGAUAUCCAUGUAAAACAAUCCAUGUAAAUGUAAGAGAUUUGCCGCCAAGUUUAAGCGUGUUUGUCUGAAAAGUCCGCUCUAUACUACAAACUCCUUGAAUUUUGUGCUGUAGCCACUUGUGUGAAAUAUAUAAGUCAUACAUAGUGUUUUAAAGUCAUAUUGUAAUGCAGGGUCUGACAUAAUCAUGCCAAUACCAUUUCUUUGCAUAGUAAGAGGUACUAAUUUUGUUGCCCACUUUAAAAACAUCAGCUUCAGCUGUUUUCAAUAUUCAUGUUGUAAUAAAAC